AAACUUCACCUUCUUGCCACUCAUUCAUAGUCAUCUCAAUCUCAUCUUCCCUUCGAGCAAAACCCCAACUUUGGUUCCUCUCAGCUUUCCCUCACAACUGCCGUUUGUUAUCUAUAUCCGAUCGGACUUCCACUCAUCUCCAAGCUUUCGUCGGAUCCUUGAAUUCAUCCUCAAUCAUGGAAAGCACUACCCCCAAUCAAUCAUCAUUGGCCCCCAACUCCCAUAACCCAGUCAUCGUCGGCAGUCCAGGAAAGAACAACGGAAUCCCAGCAGCAGCAGGUUCUACUAGAUCGGCUACUGCAAUGCAAACUUCUGGUUCUAUCGCUGGUACCAGCGUCGGCACUGGUACUUUCGGUGUCAAGACUGGUUUAGCACAAAUGUUGAAAGGUGGUGUGAUCAUGGAUGUUGUCGAUGCUGAACAAGCCCGAAUCGCCGAGGAAGCUGGUGCUUGCGCUGUCAUGGCAUUGGAACGGGUACCUUCCGAUAUUCGCCGUGAUGGUGGAGUCGCUCGCAUGUCAGAUCCUCAAAUGAUCAAAGAGAUCAUUGAUGCUGUCACUAUCCCGGUGAUGGCAAAAGCUCGAAUUGGGCAUUUUGUUGAAGCCCAGAUCUUGCAAGCGAUUGGAGUAGAUUACAUUGAUGAAUCCGAAGUCCUCUCACCGGCCGACCCAGAUCAUCACAUCAAUAAACAUAUUUACAAGGUCCCAUUCGUUUGUGGCGCCAAGAACUUGGGGGAAGCACUUCGUCGAAUCUCAGAAGGCGCUGCCAUGAUCCGUACCAAGGGUGAAGCUGGUACCGGAAACGUCAUCGAAGCGGUUAGGCACGAGCGGGCUGUUUUAGCUGAUAUCCGAAAAGCCUCGGUAAUGUCUGAUGAGGAACUCUACACGUUUGCCAAAGAGCUUUCUGCACCUUAUCAUCUCUUGAAGGAAGUUGCAAGGACAAAGCGAUUACCCGUCGUCAACUUUGCCGCCGGAGGAAUCGCUACACCUGCUGAUGCGGCACUGAUGAUGCAAUUAGGAUGUGACGGUGUCUUUGUCGGUUCUGGUAUCUUCAAAUCUGAGAAUCCAGCCCUGUUGGCUAAAGCAAUUGUUCAGGCUACGACUCAUCACAAUAAUCCUCAGAUGCUAGCCGAAAUUUCAACAGGCUUAGGCCCGAUGAUGAAAGGAGAAGGAAACCUUCAAGACCCAAAAGUGGUCAAGAUGUCUGCUCGAGGCUACUAGUCCCUUGUUAUCAUCUCUAGUCCAUACAUCCAAUCUCCAUCACCUUGAUUCCUCCCAGAGGCUAUAUCCCCCUUCUCUUACUUUUCUUUGUUAGUAGUCUAUGUCUCUCUUUCUCUUUUGUUCAUGAGAUUGAGGUGAAUGGUUCUAGGCCAGCAGUGUUGUAGCAUUUCACGUUUUGAUCAUUCCUCAUCAAACUUUUGUGCUGUUCAACCAGCUCAUUAAGCACUUGAAAUUGCAUGUUUAUAUUCUUUACAUUUUUCUACAAUUUUCAUGAAUGGUGUUUGCCAAGG